AUGGGCGCACCCUGCACCCCAAUAACCAUCCUUCUCCUGCUGCGCAUUGUGCAAGCUGCACGGGACAAUGGAAUCCAGACAGUGUGUGGCCAGGGGGGCCCCCAGGACCGGAUCGUGGCGGGGGAGGACGCCCCACUUGGGGCCUGGCCCUGGCAGGUCAGUCUGCAGUAUGAGAACCGCCACGUCUGCGGGGCGACCCUCAUCAACUCGGAGUGGGUGCUCAGCGCUGCACAUUGCUUUCCCAAGCACAUGGAGCUGUCUCGGUACCGAGCCGUCCUGGGCUCCCACCAGCUGUCGAUCCCAGAGCCCGGCUCCCUGCAGCUGCCCCUGUCCCGCACUGUGGGCCACGCGCUCUACUCUGGGGAAGGCUCCAGCGGAGACAUCGCCCUGGUCCAGCUGGGCCGCCCCGUCACCUUCACCUGGCAGGUGCUGCCCGCCUGCCUCCCAGACGCCGGGGUCCACUUCCCCGCCGGGACCCUCUGCUGGGUUACUGGCUGGGGGUCGCCACAAGAGGGAGCCCUGCUCCCAGCCCCCAUGACGCUGCAGCAGCUGCAGGUGCCCCUGAUCGACCCUCUGCCCUGUGACGCCCUUUAUCGGCACCGGAGCUCCAUGCGGGAGAUCCAGGACGACAUGGUGUGUGCCGGCUAUGCCGAGGGACAGAGAGACGCCUGCCAGGGCGAUUCAGGGGGCCCCCUGGUCUGCCAGAAGGCUGGGCUGUGGUUCGUGACCGGCGUCAUCAGCUGGGGCGAGGGCUGCGCCCUCCCCAACCGCCCUGGGGUCUACAUCCGGGUCGGCGCCUACCUGGACUGGAUCGGGCAGCACGUGCCCAACGCCACCUUCGGGGUGGUCAAUAUCACCUCCUACAGCCUGCCCGGGGGCGUGCCCCCCAGCCCUGCCCCCACUGCCCUCCUUCUAGCCACCUGGCUGCUCAGCAUCCUCUGAAGCCCCGCCCCUUUUCAGCUAAAGCCACGCCCACCCGGAUAGGCCAGGCCCCAAGAGGAGAGGGCCAUGGAACAGCUCUCCAGUGACUUCGCCCCCUUCCAGCCACACCCACCCCGCCACGACUGUGCCGUGGAAUCCCCUCCGCCCCGUGGACUCUCCCUUGUGGCCAAUGGAUGCGUCCUGCCUAUCCCAUGUCAAGUGACUCCGCCCCCUUCUGGCCACACCCACCCAGGCACAAGCCCUGCCCCUGUGGUGGAAAAGGACUGUGGCUUCCCCGUGACAUGGGUGGUCACAGCCACCAGGCUUCGGCCUGCCAGAAAUAUUCUCCUCCACGGGACCAAGCAUGGGGCUGAGCCGGGGC